CGAUAGCACACACAAGUACAGUAAUUGUGAAAAUUAAGGUAAACUCAGCGAAUAAACAACAAGAAGAGGAGCCACCAGCAGCAGGAGGAGCAACGCGCGAAGAACACAGCGAAUAGGCAGAGAAUCGGUGGAGAAAGAGCCAGCGGAUAAGGAUUUCGGUGUUUGCCAGGACGUGCGAGGCGGGCCAGCUUCAGAGGAGAGCAGAGCAAACCCACCGCCCCCGUUGCCUCUCCUCCCCCGUUGCGGGGAGAGCGAGAAACCGCUAAUUGGAUUGCAGUGUUUUUUUUGUGUUUUUUUUUUUGCGGAAAGAGGGUAAUAAUAGGAAGAUAGCCGCCGCCGCCGCGCGUGCAAGGAGGACGCAAUGGCCACCACGCAGCAAUACUCGCUGCGAUGGAACAACUACCUGCGCCACCUCACCUACUCGCUGGACAACCAUCGGCUGAACGACGACUUUGUCGAUGUGAGCCUGUGCGUCGACGGGCGACGGAUCAAGGCGCACAAGGUGGUUCUAUCCUCCUGCUCCUCGUACUUUAAGGAGAUCUUCAAGGAGAAUCCGCAUCCGCAUCCGGUCAUUAUUUUUAAGUUUAUCAAGUUUGAGGAUCUCAACUCUAUCAUUGAGUUUAUGUACCAGGGCGAAGUCAAUGUGCAGCAGGAGGCCCUCCAGUCUUUUCUGCAAACCGCCGAGCUACUGGCCGUCCAGGGACUUACCGCCGAGGAGAAGGAGCGGCCGCAGCUGCCGGUGGCGCCGCUUAUCAGCGAGCACAAGCUAAUCAAGACCAUACCGAGCACCAUCCGUGCAGUUAGCGAGCAGCAGCACCAGGUUAAUACGGUGGCGGCCCAGCAGGCGCAGACGGCCACACAGACCAUCGAAAUACCCACGGCCACGCUGCUGCAGGCCACCACCGCUAGCCAGGUGCAAACGCAGGUGGCGGCAGCUGCAGCAGCAGCCGCACAGUUGCAGCAGGUUCAACAGCAGCAGCAUCAUCAUGUACAAACCACACAGAUUCAGCACAUUCAAGUGCAAUCUGCACCGCCACCGCAGCAACAACAGCAGCAACAACAGCAGCAGCAGCAGCAACAACAGCAGCAGCAGCAACAACAGCAGCAGCAGCAACAACAAACCCAACCGCAACAGACGACGCCCGUGCAGACGCAGCAUUUGAGCAUUAGCAAUGCAGUGUCUCUGCCCGCGGCCAGCACGGUGAAGAAGCGCAAGAUCACCUUCUCCGACGACGAUGACAACAUCUACACCACCGAGACCGUUGACUAUGCCAAGGAUGAGCAGAACAUUGUGAAAACCUCCGAUAUGACUUUUUUACGCGGCGCCGUAAAGAUGGACAUACCGGAUUACAUUGUCGGCGAGGUGGACGAUCGGCUGUCGGAUGGCGCCACACCGCAAACGUCACAGGAUGCCACCACAGGCGCUGCCCAGACAGUGGCCCAGUAUUCCUCCGAGUACGAAAUCCUCACCGAGUCUGAGAUCGAGGAGAAGUAUCAGGCGGAUGCGGAUAAUGCUGAAAUUACCAUCGAAAUGUCUCGCCUGUUGGGUAAUGCCAGCGGCACGGCAGCAGCGGCGGCGGCAGCGAGCGGUGGCCUGGAGGAUGGAGGCGGUGGGACGGGUCCCGCGACUACGGUGUCUGUGACGCCGGUCAAGUCGGACAGCAAGUCCAGUGGGACGAAUGAUUCACCCAAUAAUAAGUGGACAGAAUGUCAGUUUUGCAAAAUGGUUAUUACCACGGUAAAUCUUUGGAGACAUAUUCGCACCCAACACACACCACAACCGCCCCGCAAAUGCGAUCUGUGCAAUAAGAAUUUCAAGAACAAGUACAGCCUGCGAGAGCAUAUACGCAUCUCGCACGAGCAGAAGGUGUCUAUCAAGACGGAGAACUGAUCCGCCGCCAUCAGCGUUGUCAGCGUUGGCCGCCUCUAAAUCCAGAGUCCCGGCAAUCAACAUAUAGUUAAUUACGUCCAGCUUAGCAAAAAGAGUCGAGGAAGAGUCAGAGUCAGCCCAUUCCCAUUAAUCCUAAAACUAGCCAAAAUUUUCAACUCAAAUGCAAAGCAGAAACAAUUCAAGAGCAUUAUACUCUUAGCGUGCAUAUAUACAUAUAUUGCGUGUCUAAACUAUAUAGCCUAUGUAAACAUAAACAUAAGAUGGAUAGCGUUUAGGUUCAAGUCCGAGUCAGAGCCAGAGUCAGUCGGAGAGUGGAGCUGGUAAUCCCGUCGUUGACCAAGCCACAUUAUGAUUUAGGAACACGUAUAUAUACUAACUUUAUUUAUACCUUGGAUAGCAAAGUACAAGAAACCCCUAUGUAUAUAGACACACAGAUCAGUGAUCACAGGAAUAUUUAGAGUUUAAGGAUUAAUUAGGCCCAAAUACCUUGAUUUUAUGUACAUAUACUAUAUUAUAUAUUAUAUAUAGUAGUGGCAGCCGACUUAAUGUAACCCUGUCUAAUACUAGUGACUAGUCUUUAAAUCUCUGGAGAUUUCUGUGAGCGCUUCAAGAGAUUGAUUCCCUUGCCAGGGCCCAUGUACUUUGCUCAACCCCAUCAACCUGAAACCUUAGAUGAAUAUGAACAGAAUAUACCCUAUAUACCCUGUAGUCUUUCUAUCAUUGUGUACAAAUUUAUAUAUUAAAACAAAUGAACUGUAA